GUAUAUUGUGUAGUUCUAGAUUUCAGAUGAAUUGAACUGUGUAGUGUUGUAGUGGUGUAUUUAGAGAACUAAAAAGAUUGCUUCUCCUUAUUAUCAUCCUACAUGAGUUAAAUUCAGCACGAUAGGAUGGAAGACAGUUUUCUGCUCCGGGUAUUUGGACGAGGAAGGUUUAGUUCUCUCAUCUUCUCCGUCCUAGUUCUAGGAUUAGUUAUCACAGCUCUUAAUAUCUGGCAGCUCUCGUCUUUACAGGCCCAGCACUACCUACAAGAACAUGGAACCCCUGAGGGUCAACCUGACCCAGAGAAUGGACAAACCUACGUAGUUUAUGCUCGUCAUCCAGAUACAGGAUACCUUCAACAUGUUUACAAUGUUCUGGACAGAGCAGGAUACAGGAGAGGCAGUUACAAUACAAGCUCUGACUGGGAUUUGAUGUGGGCUCAUGAUUACCCUUUUAAGAAGAUAAAGGACAAGAUGCUUGCAAUGAAGAAAGGACAGAGAAUAAACAAGUUUCCAGGCUCGGGGUUCAUCACUAAUAAGGUAAACCUAGCCACAUCUGGAAUUAAGAACGUUCCCCCGGCGUUCAGUAUUCCUGGAGAGAAGGGUCAACUUCUUAAAUAUGCUAGAAGGUUCCCUGAUAAAUUGUUUGUGCAGAAAAGUAAUAAUCAUCGAGGAAUACAAAUACAGGGAUUGUCAGAUCUGGACUUAACAACUGAGGGAUCAUUUGUUCAGGAGUAUAUAUCCAACCCUUUUCUAGUAGAUGGAUAUAAGUUUGAUAUUGGGAUAUACACCACUCUCACCUCUAUAGAUCCACUAAGGAUAUAUGUUCACCACAGCGAUGCUCUGCUAAGGUUCUGUCCGGAGAAAUAUCAUCCGUUCGAUGCGAGGAACAAGAACAAGUACGUGGUUCAGGAUGAUUAUCUUCCUUCAUGGAAGAUUCCAUCCUUCUCCAAGUACAUGAAGGAACUAGGAUUCUCAUUCACUGAUACUCUCAAUACAUAUAUCAGAGGUCUGGGUAAAGAUCCGGCAAAUAUGUGGGAAGAAAUGUAUUCAACUAUUGCAGAGGUUUACCUAAAGCAUGAGGAGAUGUUUAUCAAGGCUAUGUCCCACUACCCGCACAAGGAAGCUUUCUUUGAGAUGGUUCGGUUUGAUUUUGUCUUGGAUGAGAACUUGAACGUGUUCCUGAUGGAAGCAAACAUGUCUCCGAACCUUUCCUCUGCUCACUUUCCCGCUAAUAAACUUCUCUAUGAACAAGUUAUUCAUUCUGUACUCAAACUUGUAGGCGUAGUCCAGGGCUCAAUCAGGUGGGAUCUAUUGCAUCCUGCAGGCAAUGCUGCGAAUGAUAUGGUUGUAGCAAACAAAGAUGUAAUGACUUUUCCAGAACUUUGCUCCAGUCCUCAGUGUCAAGAAACUAGUUCCUGUAACCUAGAGAACUGUGAUCUCUGCUUGAAAUGUUUGAAAGAAUCUGAUUUAGAUAUGCUUAAAGCAGCCUGGAAAGAGCAGGUGAAUCGACAUGCCACCAGAAGAAUAUUUCCCGUACCACCAUCUAGGGUUAACUCCACGCAAGUUAGAGGAACACUGUCUAAAUCUAACUGGAAAAUGCAAAGAUGGUUCCAAGGAAAAUGCAAUAUGGAUAUAAACUGGUGCAGUUAGUACACUACUAGUCUGUAGUACACUUUAUACCACCUCUAUGUACUCUGGAUAUAAAAUGGUGCAGUUAGUACACAACUAGUCUGAAGUACACUUCAUACCACCUCUAUGUACUCUGGAUAUAAACUGGUGUAGUUAGUACACUACUAGUCUGUAGUACACUUCAUACCACCUCUAUGUACUCUGGAUAUAAACUGGUGUACUUAGUACACCACUAGUCUGUAGUAUUCAUUAUACCACCUCUAUGUACUCUGGAUAUAAACUGGUGCAGUUAGUACACUACUAGUCUGUAGUAUUCAUUAUACCACCUCUGUGUGUACUAUGGAUAUAAACUGGUGUAGUUAGUACACUACUAGUUUGUAGUAUUCAUUAUACCACCUCUGUGUGUACUCUUGAUAUAAACUGGUGCAGUUAGUACACUACUUGUGUAGAACACUUAAUAUCACAUUUGAGCAUUAUGCAGUACACAUUUACCUAAAUAAAUUAUUUAUAUGUAC